AUGCAGCGACCGCUGGGCGUGACGCCGACAGUGCCACCUGCAGCACCGCUGCCGCAGAACUCACCGAGGAAGUGUGCCGGGCGCCGCUGCCGCGUGUCGCUGACCAUCACGCCGGUGUCUUCCUGCGCGGAGUACAGAAGCUCCGGCUGCGAUGGCGUCGACGUCACGUCGCGGAUCGCACACGUGUGGCCGCUGAGGCUACGCACAAAGGCGGCGGUGUGCGUGUCGUAG